CCACCUUCGUACCGGAAGUAGAUUACUUUCCAAAAUACACAAAGCGACAUAUUAAAGGAGUUAAUAUAAAAAAAACCAUGUAGCACACACAAGAAUGGUGAAAGGACGAAAGAAAUACUCGUCUGAAGACACAAAUAUAUAGAUGAAAAUAGCUGACAGUGAUAUUCUAAAGGUAUCAACAUGGUCUCAGGAUUUCCAGAAAACAGUGAGGUGUUUGCUAUCACUCACGUGCAUGCCCCAUGCACUGAUAGUGACUUUGAUAUCAACAACUUUCUGCCUCUAAUCAAAGGGGAACUUCUGACGGUUAAGAAGGCCCAGUCUAACACACAGACAUGGGUUCGAAAUGCAUAUGGGAUAGAAGGAUUAGUCCGAAACAAUCAUGUCAGCCCAGCGGAUCUCUAUUGUCAUGAAGAUUUCUUCCUAGCUGACUUUACCUCUCAAAUGGCAGAAAAAAUAUUAGCUGAUAAGCCGAAUGGCAGCUUCAUCAUUCGUACAAACUCAAAAGAUGUAGCUAAAGUCAUUAUUAGUGCCAAAUUUGAUACUGUCACUCAUUACAGCUUCAAUAAGCAUGGAGGAGGGAUCGAAUAUGAUGGGGUUCUGUACCAAUCCAUACCAAGUUUCAUCAAUAAAUGUAGUUACAGUGGCGUGUUCAAGGGUAAUCUGGAAUUGUGGAUAAAGCAGUCAGACAUUAAUAUUCCCCAGGUCUCCAGUAGCAUGGCCAGCGCUGUGAAUAAGCUGUUUCUCAACUUUAGAAUCGUUGCGGGCAGUUUGGCCAUUGCAGUAGAAGAUUUUGGCUCUCUGAACAAGCUGUGUCUGGAAGUGCAUAAGGGCCGACAAUACACGAUUCUGCGAGCUAGUCGCAACACACAGUGGCUUAUUGUGCGAGAUGAAUAUGACAAUGAAGGGUAUGUUCCAGGCUCCAUAUUAGAGUGCUUCAUCCCUCAGUGGUUUCACGGACGUAUAGAUCGGGACGAGGCCUCAAUAUUGCUCAAUAAGAAUAGCCGAGAUGGAACAUUUCUUGUGAAAGAACGCUCGACCAAGCCGGGCACAUACGCCCUUUCUGUCUGGUCACCGGAUAUGAAAAUAAUCCACGUGCCUUUAGCCUACCAUGAAGGGAAGAUAACUACAGGCUUAUCAGCAGAUCUGCCAAAGUUUGACUGCAUAAAGACCAUGGUGGAUUACUAUAGAAGCCAAACUCGGUUUUGGACAUCGAACAGUGAAUGUGUCCGCAUUCUUUUCCCGCUGUCACGUAAGGAGACCUCUGUACCAGAUGAGAUUCGAACUAUGGACAUGAAAUCUGUUGACUUGUACUUCCGCGCUCUCAAAGAGGGGAAAGAACAUGUUAGGGAUAUACGGCUUAUGGUGAUAGGACACCAUGGUGCAGGGAAGACCACGCUGACUGAGCGACUCAUGGGAAAGCAGUUCCGACGUGUGGGAAGCACUAAUGGGAUUGAGAUUCACCUCAGACAGUGCCAGUACAAUGUGGCCACAGGAAUUUGGCUCAAUCCUCGUCCUGGGUCGUCUAUCAUGGAUGAUGAGACUCAUAGGCUGAGGCUUAUUAGGGUUCUAGAAUCGCCAGACGAGGAACGAACAUCGGUGUUCAAAGAGCUCUUACAUCGCAACUCUACAAACGAGUCCCUAUUCGAUUUAAGUACCAGGAGCAACACCAAUCACUCCCUCCAUAGCUCUAUGUCGUCCAUACCAACAGGCGAGAUUUCAUCAUCUAGAGAUGUCUCAGGGAGAGAGUCACCAUUAGUUAAAGAUACCUCUGAAACAGAUUCGUCACCAGUUAAACCAGAGGCCAGUCUGAACGGUUCUCAUCCUUCGAGAGAAAGUUUGAAAUUGAGAUUUGAUCUGAACGCAAACAAUGAAACUGUUUUUGGGACAGGAGAUAAUGGUGAUAGUGGGGUUUCUGAUGAAAACGGCAUUAGGUAUCCGAGUAUUGACGGCGAUUAUCAGAUUACGAAUGAAGACGUCCCGAGGUACAAAUUUUCAGAAGGGACGUUGAAAGUGAUUGAGAGUACCUUUGGUCGGAAACGAAAUCUGUCUGGAACCGAGAACAAAAUUGGUUUCAUCUCCAUGUGGGAUUUUGCUGGCCAGUACAUUUUCUACGCCACACAUCAGGUUUUUUUAACGCCACGGGCAGUAUAUCUUCUUGUGUUGGAUUUGACGAAGGACUUGGACGACUUUGUCAUCGAUGAGGAAUUCCCGCUAGAGGCUCCUGAGAUGCAGGGACGCCUCGUCAAAGACUAUGGAAAUUUCUGGAUGCGUUCCAUUCACACCUUCUGCGGCGAGGUACCUGGACAUCCUCCGGUUAUCCUUGUUGGUACAAAAAGCUCUGAGAUGAACCUUGAACAGGGACAGACAGUGGAAUCAGCUGCCGGGAAAUACUUCGAGAAGUUCCGAAUGAUGCUGGAGAACUCGCCUGUGGCUGAACAUUUACAGCCUGAGCAGUUCGCAGUUGAAUGCAGCAUUGACGAUAAAGAAAUCGACCGAUUGAAAGAGGCGAUUGUAGAGGUGGCAAAACGGCAGAUGCAUUGGAACCAGGAAAUUCCCGGCAAAUGGCUACCCCUGGAAAGGGCGUUGAGUAAACUGGGUGGUGAGAAACGAAUUAUCUCCCUUGAUGAAGUCAAUUCCCUAGAUGGCGAGAUGGACGUGAGAAUUAAAGACAGCGAGGAAAUUGUCCUCUUUCUCAGGUUCCAUCAUGCUGUGGGCUCAUUGAUCUACUUUGAUGAUGAAGAAUUAGCUGGCUAUGUUGUGCUGGACCCUCAGUGGAUAAUUGACGCGUUUAAGUCACUGAUAACGGCACAACAAUUUUGUAAGCUGCGACCUCAGCUACGCACCCUUUGGAAAAACUUACAGGAAAAAGCGUGUUUACACGAUAAACUGAUUGACGAAAUUUGGCGAGAAGAUCGGGAGGGACACUUUAUGGAGCAUAGAGAUAUUCUGUUGUCGUAUAUGGAAAAGUUGGACAUCAUUGCCAGACCUAAGGUGAAACUUGAGGAUGGACAAAAGCAAGAGAUUGAUUUCUACUUUGUUCCGAGCCUUUUGAGAAUGAAGGGCCAGAAGGAUGUCUCGGACUUGGAUAAGGGAAAGAUAAGCGAGAGAACGCCCAAUUUGUGUUUUGCCUUUCAGGAAGGGUUUAUUCCACCGAUGGUCUUUCAAAGAAUGCUCGGUGCCUGCUUGUCGCGAUACACGAUCUUCAGGAAAGUGGAUGAAGAUCAAAUCUUCUGCGAUCUCGGUGUCUUUUAUCUGGAUUCUCAGCACUGCUUCAUUUUUUGGUUGGAAGAUGAUGUGAUGAAAGUUCGGGUUGUGAACCUUGUUGAAAACAAAGUGAAGUCUUCCCUUUGUGACAAACUGCGGCGUUUUUUGACCAACCAACUUGACAGGGAGCUGUGCCGUUAUCAAAACAACACCUCAUUCAGCGUCUGCAUUGAGUGCCUUAUGCCGAAGAAAGGCUCAGGGAGCUUAAUAAACUGUAAGGAAUUGCUCAGAGAUGAAAAACUGCCUUGCUGCGCUCAUAGCCAACCCCACAUCGUUCAGUCAAAAAUCAUCCUUCAGUCAUGGUACCCUGAUUACAUUGAGGUCCCCGUAGGGGAGGUGACUCUGAAUUGGAUUGAUGCUCUCCCUUCUGUGAUUAGGAAAAGGGAGGUCACUCUGAAAGACUUGAGCAAGAUUGCGCAAUCGCUAGGCUUCAACUGGGAAUUUGUGAUAAUUGAACUAGGACUGCCUCAGGUGGAUAUAGACCAGUGUAAGAUUGACAACAAGGACCAAGUGGCCAUGCAGAUUUACCAUUGUCUGUUAAAGUGGAAAAGCAGGGACGGCUACCAGGCUAACAUUGAGACAUUGGUGAAAGCGAUUCAGGCCAAUCAAGCUGUAGAGGCUGAUUGGGAGGCAAUCAAAAAUGUUGUGGAUAGAAUCUGAGCUUUACAUUCAGAUUCUUAUGGAAGAGGGUGGGGUGGAGGGGGAGGCAUUUUUUUCUUACCAGAAUCUGAGGUUUAUGCUCUGUUUAAUUCUUUAUGAGGUGUAUGUUGAUUUUUAUCAACAUCAGGACAAAAUCAAGGUCACUGAGCAAGUUGUUUGAAAAAGCUUGUUUACUCUCAACAGGCCCCAUUUUCUAUUCAUUCCCAUCAAACUUCGUCAUAUUAUUUGUAUCAUUAUUUCAAGGUAAAAUAAUGAAGUUCAAGUAUUUUUUCUGUUAAAGCUAUGGUACUCAGAUAAAUGAUAUUCGAGCAAGAUGGACCGGUUGUUUUGUUAAAACUUGUUGGCCAUGACUCAAAACCAUUAGAGAUAUUUUACAUGAAAUUUGGUAAACUUGUUUACAAUGACAAUGAGCAUACAUGUAGCAAGUUCCAUGACCCUGGCUGAGAUAUUUCUUGGUUAUUUGCCUUGACAGCAAGUGAGAAAAACAAACAAGUCUUGACAUCACCUUGAUUAACUGGAAGGUUAGCAUACUGUUGGUGUGAAAAAGAAAACAUAAGAUGUUCAAUUUUAACUUAUGUACAAAAGGGCACCAGGGCAAUAUUAGCACAUGUUGCCACAUACAAAACAAAUAUGUAGCUAACAGUCCACAACUCUGUCUUUCAUGAUUGUCAAGUUAUGACCCCUUGUUCGACUUUUGCCAUGAAGUUUUGUCCUGUCCGAAUGUUUGUGAUGAAUUUUUAUCUGCUGAGACAUUGUCUUGUCCGAAUGUUAAUGAUAGAUUAUAAGCUGCUGAGACAUUGUUUGUCCUGUCCAAAUGUUUUUAAUGGAUUAUUAGCUGCUGAGACAUUGUCUUGUCCUAAUGUUUAUGAUGAAUUAUUAGCUGCUGGUAAAUUGUCUUGUCCAAUGCUUAAUGAUGGAUUAUUAGCUGCUGAGACAUUAUCUUGUCCUAAUGUUUAUGAUGAAUUAUUAGCUGCUGGUAAAUUGUCUUGUCCAAUGGUUAAUGAUGGAUUAUUAGCUGCUGGUAAAUUGACUGUCUGAUGGUUAAUGAUGAAUUAUUAGCUGCUGGUAAAUUGUCUUGUCCAAUGGUUAAUGAUGGAUUAUUAGCUGCUGAGACAUUAUCUUGUCCUAAUUUUUAUGAUGAAUUAUUAGCUGCUGGUAAAUUGUCUUGUCUGAUGGUUAAUGAUGAAUUAUUAGCUGCUGGUAAAUUGUCUUGUCUGAUGGUUAAUGAUGAAUUAUUAGCUGCUGGUAAAUUGACUGUCUGAUGGUUAAUGAUGAAUUAUUAGCUGCUGAGACAUUGUCUUGUCCGAUUAAAAAUGAUGAUUAUUAGCUGCUAAGACAUUGUCUUGUCCGAAUGUUUAUUAUGAUCCAAAUGUUUAUGAUUGAUUAUUAGCUGCUGAGACAUUGUCUUGUCCGAAUGUUUAUGAUUGAUUAUUAGCUGCUGGUACGUUGUCUUGUCCGAAUGUUUAUGAUUGAUUAUUAGCUGCUGAGACAUUGUCUUGUCCGAAUGUUUUUAAUGGAUUAUUAGCUGCUGAGACAUUGUCUUGUCAGAAUGUUUAUUAUGGAUUAUUAGCUGCUGAGACAUUGUCUUGUCAGAAUGUUUAUUAUGGAUUAUUAGCUGCAGAGACAUUGUCUUGUCCGAAUGUUUUUAAUGGAUUAUUAGCUGCUGGUACAUUGUCUUGUCAGAAUGUUUAUUAUGGAUUAUUAGCUGCUAAGACGUUGUCUUGUCCGAAUGUUAAUAAUGAAUUAUUAGCUGCUGGUACAUUGUCUUGUCCUAAUGUUUAUGAUGAAUUAUUAGCUGCUGAGACGUUGUCUUGUUGUACAAAUUACAGUGUUGGUACAAGAUGGGGAAUAGAUCUCAGACACUUUUUUUCAAGAUAUCGACCUGAUCUUUUGUGAUAUCUGAUAUUUUUUCUUAAGAGUAAACUUCAGCUCGUUUUAGUUAGAAACAUGCAAAAUUAGCUGAUAUUAAAAAGCAUAUCCUUGUUUUCUAUUGUUCUUAAUUUGAUGCACAAAUAGGGUCAAAUUUUAGUUUGAAAGUAGUAGUUCUCGGACUCUUUUUUUUUUCGAAAAUGAUCUCAUCAUUUUUAAUUUUUAUAUCUCUACUUAACAUUUGAAAAUUCGACAAUUAAUACUUAAUUUCAAUCUUUCCAUUGAUGUAAAAAUAAUACUGUUCAGCACAAUAUAUGACUCCUUUAUAACCAUGUCCUAACUUGAUAUUCCAUGAUGGGUGAUGUACCUUUUCAUUACAUGUACACCACAUUUCUAGAAAAUGACCCUUCUGCAACUUUUCCGUAACAAAUGAUACAUAAAAAACCUGAUUGAACUUAAACAAAGCUUAAACAAAGCAAAACUCCUGACUGUCCGAGAUCUACUCCUGUCUGAGAUCUAUCCCCCAAUAAUGUGCAUACUGGUAGAGCAUCAAUUUUAUUAUUUUUUACAAAUUACAGUUCAUUUUUGGUACAGUAUUGGUUUCAUUAUCAACCAUGAUUAACAUUGAUAAACUAUCGUCCAUAAAGUGUGUACAUCUUUAAGAUUAUUGUUUUAUCACAUUUAAACACUUAAUUAGGUCAAACUCCCUUAUAUUGGCCAUAAAAUGUGUUGGAAAAACUGCUGGGAAUUUCAUUCUACAGUCGAACCCCAUUGGCUCGAACUCCCUUGGCUCAAAUUCGUGGUUGGUUCGAACUGGAUGUAAAGGACGGAUUUAUUCAUACUGAAGAUAAGCAUUCCCUCUUGGUUUGAACUUUUCAAGGCUCGACGUAUUUUCGCCUGUCCCUAGGUGUUCAAGCUAAUCAGGUUUGACUUUAUUGUACAUAUUUUACUUUGGCGUGUUUUCAAUCAAUAAUCAUGGGAUUUAUUUGUACAUGUUUUUUGCCCAGUUUAUGACAACUCUUUACUUUCUUCUGUACUGUUGUGUAUAUAAAUGUACCAACUUAGUGUUCUUCCAUGCAUUAUUUGUAUUGCUCAUAUAUUUCCUAUGAAAUAAUCAGGCCUUAUAUUUGUACAGAAUUAAAACUCAUUGUAUGCAAAAUGUGCCAUGCUGGUGUACUUAGAAUAACUAGAACUUGAACAAUCAUUUUAUUAUCAAGAUAAUGUGUAUAUUCUUUAAUUGUUUAGACAUAAUAAUGUGUACAGAGUAGAUUCAUUAUUUUUGUAGAUCUUUAAGAAGAUAUUUGUAGGCAUAACAAAGCACAUUUUCAUUUUUUACCAUACGUGCACACAGUGUAAAAUUUUGGUACCACAUUAAUCUUUGGCUCAAUUGGUUAUCUUUUGCUGAAAGCAAUUACUUGUGAACACUUGGGCCUAGGGAUUUCAAAUUUGAUAGGCAGUUUGGUCAUGACCAGCACAUGAAGGCUAUUGAUAAUGAGGUCAGUCUUGGUGACUUUAUCUGUCCAACAUGGCCUUUCUGGGGAGUUUGUCAUGUUCUUGGGACAGUGCAUGUUUUUCCAUGGCAUUAUUCAAAAGAUAAUGUUGUUAUUUUUCCCUUGGGAAUAUUCAUAAGUGAAUUUUAUUCUCACAUUUUUUUCCAUGCCAAUAUUCACAAAUGAAUGUCAUUCUCACAUUUUUUUCCAUGGGAAUAUUUAUAAGUGAAUUUUAUUAUCACAUCUUUUUUCCAUGGCAUGGUUCACAAGUGAAUGUUGUUCCAUUAUGUUUUUCCAUUGCAAUAUUCACAAGUGAAUCUUAUUCUCACAUUCGUUCAUGGCAUUGUUCACAAGUGAAUGUCGUUCUCACAUUCGUUCAUGGCAUUGUUCACAAGUGAAUGUCGUUCUCACAUUCGUUCAUGGCAUUGUUCACAAGUGAAUGUCGUUCUAACAUUCGUUCAUGGCAUUUUUCACAAGUGAAUGUCGUUCUCACAUUCGUUUAUGGCAUUGUUCACAAGUGAAUGUCAUUCUCACAUUCGUUCAUGGCAUUGUUCACAAGUCAAUGUCGUUCUCACAUUCGUUCAUGUCAUUGUUCACAAGUGAAUGUCAUUCUCACAUUCGUUCAUGGCAUUGUUCACAAGUGAAUGUCGUUCUCACAUUCGUUCAUGGCAUUGUUCACAAGUGAAUGUCGUUCUCACAUUUUUUCCAUGGCAUUGUUCACAAGUGUAAUUUACCCAAGUGCAAUAACUCAUUAAGAGCAUAUAUAGAAAGAAGCAGAUAUCGAGUUCUUGCACUAAGGUGACAGAAUGUUGUUCUCAUAUUUUUUUCAUGGCAUUGUUUGCACAUGAAUGUUGUUUAUACAUUUUUUUCCAUGUCAUUGUUCAUGAGCGAAUGCUGUUCUCACAUUUAUUUCCAUGGCAACAUUCACGUGUAAAUGUAGUUCCCACGAUGAUGCAGACGGCUGUGCAUUCUCUUUGCCGCAAAUUCUCACGUACUGUCUUGAAAUUAUCGUAGUUCACUGAAAAAGAUUUAAGUUAAUUGCAUCAACUAAGUCAACAUGCAAAUCAAAGUGAUCUCAUUCUUAAGCUUUUACUAAGUAGGAAUUUAAUACUUCUGUUGAAAUGUGUUCUUAUUCUUGUUGUUUUUUUACAUCUUUAUUCGCUUACUUAUUUUGUUGCUAAAUAUACAUCUUAUGCUCAAAAUAGACAUUAACCGGAAUGUUGGUGCAUUUGUUAUAGAGUUUUGGGUGUUUCAUUGUUGUGUUAUUAUGAAGUUACAACAAUGUUUUUACACAAAUUUAAAUGUCAAAACCUUCUGUAGUAAAAUUGAUUCAAUGUCCCCAACCAGGGCUUCCAAAAACCGACAAUUUGUCAGUCGGGACCGAUUUUAACCUUGCCGGACCAAUUUCAGGAACAGAAAAGGGUUUAAAAUUUGGUCCAAAAUUUUUACAUUUGUUUUUAAAUUUCUGUCCAAAUGGGUUAAGUCAGUAAAAAAUGUAGAAAUUGUAAUACACUAUUCAUCCCACCUACAUGUCCUUACCAAGUCAGAUAACUCUUUCAUGCAAAUGAAACCAAUUUAGCCCCUUUAUUAUUUGACUUAGAAAUUCUUGUUAAGGUUUUGCAUUAAAGUAAGGACAAAAAAGUCAAAUCCUCAGCAACUUAACAUUAUGUUUUGAAUUGAAAUUUUAUACAAUCAAGAAUGAUAACUCGAAAAUUUUGGAAUCCUGAAACUUAACACAGGCUGGAUAAUCGAGUGUGUGUUCUCUGUGAGACCUCAUGUCUUUGUUUUUGCGAAAAAGUUAGUGCUUUAUUUUUUGAGCUCAAGUCACAGACAUAAUUGUACAUGUACAUGUAUUUUUAAUUUAAUUAAUGUAGUUAGCUAAAAUUAUAUACUCAUUAUAUUUUCAUCAUAUUGUUAUUAUUUUGCAUUUAAUUUGUCUGAUCAUCAGGUUUAUCCUAGUCUGUUUUUCAAAUAAAUAAAGUCGUGACAUUUAAAUAGGCAUGUAAAAAUGUUGACAACAUUUAAGAAACCAGUUAACUAAGGCUGAAUUCAAAAACAAACUUAGAUUUCACUUUAUUUUGAGAUUAGAUGUUUUGAUUGGACUGUUUAAAUAACUGGCCAGAAGACUUAACGGAAAUCACUGAGGCGUGUCUAAAGACAAGGAUAAAUAUGAACGCUUUGAUCAAAUAUGAAUAUAAUGUGAUUUUAAGCAUUCACUUAAGUGGACAACAAGUUGCUUUCUUUUUUUCAAUUUUUGCAUUAAAUGCAUGUGUCUAUGUUAAUAAUUAUAUAUAUUUUUAUUUUCUUUGUAAAUAAUAAAAUUAAGUGCUUAAUAUAUAUUCCAUUUAUAUAAACUUCACAUUAAUUGUGUGCUCUUCUUGUUCCUUAUUACCCAUAUUUUGUGCGAUGAGAUGGGCUUUUGUUUAUUCUCUUUGUUUGUCAUGGUUGUUACAGCGUCAGCUUAUCAAAGCGUGUAUGAUCAAAUUACGUAAGAUUACGUCCCAUAUUCGCUUACAUCUUGGGUCUGAGUCUUACACUCAGACUCAAAAUGUAAGCGAAUAUGGCACAUAAUCUUACUAGACUCAGAAAAGCUAUUUCUUAAAUGAAUUCUACCAUAACAUUAGAAUAAGGAGUUCUGAGUCUUAAAGCUGCAUUCUCAUAGAUUGACCGUUUUGACAACUUUUUUGUCUUGGAAUGAGCCAUUUUUUCUGUGAAUGGCUGGAUACUAGUGAUAUAAGAAUGCUGACAAAAACAAGACAAGACAAGAAAUAAAAAAGUUGUCAAAACGGUCAAUCUUGAAUGCAGCUUUAAGUCUGAAACUCAAAUUCAAGAAGAUAGUGAUUAUGAGGGCAGGAAAUUUCGUUGCAGAGUGCCAUAAGAUAAUUUAUUGAAUUAAAAGUGAUUUUUUUUUUUUUUUUUUUUUUUUUUGCAUAUUCAAUCCAGCUGUGUUACAUGUAUGUGAACAAAAGAUAAUUUGUUUCAAAUAAAUAAUUCUUUUACUUGGAUUAACCACUUCGAAAAAAUGAUCAUACCAUACAAUUGAUUAUAAGUGUGUCCCUACAUGUAUGUCUUUGGGACAAACUUAUAAAUGAUCGUAUUGUAUGAUCAUGAGUGAGUAAUUUGAAAAUUAUAUUACAUUACUAUCAAUAUGCCUGAACAUAAUCAUGUUAAUUAAACACUCCAGUGUGUUUUUUUGCCAGCCACUUUAUCAACAUGUUCUAUUUUGUAUCUUUUAAACCGUCAAAUUAUUCAGUAACAAAUAUAUUUUGUCAGUAAUUUAGGAUAAAGAACAGAAAGCAUUUUUCUGUUGGCAUUCAUUUUGUUUAAAUUUACAUCAUAUAAACAUACCAGUAACUAUAAAGUGGUUUUAGAGUACAAUUUUUAUAAAAAAAACAUUUUCCCUGUAGUUUCCAUUGUAUGAUUUUUGAAAAUUGGAAAAAAGAUCUUGAACGUGUCUUAUCUGGACUACCUUUAUUCCAGUCUGUAGCAAUUGUUAGUUAACUUAUAUAUAAUAUUAAGUCAAGGCUUGAGAACCACAAAGUGGUGCAGAUUUGUGAUAUACAUGUAUGUUUUAUUGUUUGUGAACCACAUUAAUAUAUUCGACUUUUAAAAAUGUAUUCAAAAUGUUGCCAAAUAAAUUGUUUCGUAAUUGAUAAUUGUUAAUACUUUGGGGGCAAGAGUUUCCCUUUCUUAAUUGUUGGCCUCUGUUUAUGUCUUCAAAACUGACUCAGAAUACAAACUACAUUUACAGCCAAUGAAACUGCAGAUAGGCAAUUAUUAAACAGUAGGCUUAAUCAUUAAGAAUUUCAGCUUUCGCGUGUGUUUAAAGGUCCAUCUACUGCCACUCAUCUGAUACACACUCCCUGCAUCAGAUUUUGCAUUGACAAUGUAUCAGCCGAUGAGGUUGUAUUCUAAGUCAGUUACAUGUAGAUGACAUGAAUUAAAAUCUUAAUGAUUAAAAAGGGCUUGUUUGUUACACUCACUCUGCCCAUUCUUAAUCAUUAAGAUUUUGAUUCAUGUCAUCUAACUACUACAUAAAACAAUGGGAUGUCUGCAUGGACUAUAGUAACUACCUGAAUUUAUAGGACGUACUACAGUUCUGCAAGUAGUCUCAAAAUGUCAUAUAAUGUUAACUAGAUUCAUGGACAUGCCACACGUUUUCAUCUUUUUUGUCACCAUCUCAUUUUGUUCUAUCAUAGUUGAAUGAUGAUUUCAUAAGUGGGUUUCACUGUAUACUUAGAUAUACUGAUUCAAUCUUUGACUGUAUUUUAAUGUCAUCAAUCUCCAAAUUAUGUACUUUAAUAUGUCAUUUUUGAAUUUAAUUACGUAGAAAAUGUGUCUGUUUUUGUCAAAGUCUUUUUGUUUCCUUCAUGAAAGUAGUUAGAUGUAUUUUUGUAAGGGAGUUGUACUGUAAAGAUGUUUUUGUAGAUAUAUGUAUACUUAUUACCAGUGAUCUUAAGUGCUGAAAUGAUUAUAUAACAUAAAAAUGAAACAUGA